AUGCCCACAAUGGCUGGCGGCGAGAACGAGGCUCUGUUAGAAACGCAGUCAUACCCAUACUACGAUGAAGAUGGGUAUUCCAUAUAUUCCGAAAACACAACCAAGAGGAAACAAGUACUGAGAUAUGCGAUUUAUGCAGUCGGAUUCCUGGUCGGUUUGCCGUUGCUUUAUUUCCUGCUGAUAUAUCUCCCCAACCUGGCGCCUCCCGGCGUCACGAUACCUCAAAUGACCAAGGUGGGCGAAUCCAAAGUGUAUUUACAUCCUCUUGUGUCCCAAAGUGCCCAAGUGUUUGACAAAGAUGAAGAUGAAGAGACUCAAACACUUGGCCUCGAGCCGUUCCGCCAAAGUCCACCCCAAUUCGACGAGUUUGAGUUUCUCGAUUCAAACGACCCUCUGUUGGAAGAGCAUUUGAAGUCAAUAGCUUUGGAAAAGCACGCUAAAAAGCCGGUUAGGAGACUCAUCAUCAUUGGGGAUGUUCACGCAUCGUUGAAACAAUUGACCAAGCUCUUGGACAAAGUGCAGUAUGACGGUGGAAAAGAAGACGAAGUGAUACUUCUUGGAGACUUUGUAGCGAAGGGAAAGGACUCCAUCGGCGUUCUUGAUUGGGCGAUCAUGCACAACUCGGGUUGUGUUUUGGGAAAUCACGAACUGAGCGUGUUGGAGAGAUAUGCUCAGUUUCACGGUGUUUCGCCUCCUAACUUUGGGUUGGAUACUCGUGUGUCUACACAGCUGUUUGAUUUGGAUGAAGAGAUGAGAAUAGCCAAGAGACUUCGGCCUGAACAUGUCAGUUUCCUCGCCUCGUGCCCCGUGAUCAACCAAUUGGGCCCAGUUCCGCAUAUGAACAAAAAGCAGACCCAUUAUCUGGCCAAUCCAUUGAAUGGAGUUGCUGUUCAUGGAGGGUUGAUCUGGAACAUGACUUUGGAAAACCAGGAUCCUGAUGUGGUGACUACUGUUAGAUCGUUGCUGCCCCCAGACUUUGUUGUUGCAACAGAUGAUCCGCAUGACCAGGGUAGUCAACCGUGGUCGCGGUAUUGGAACAAGCACCAGAGAUUGGUGUACAAGUCGGCCCCGAAAGAAGACCUCAAGAGUGGUAAACCUGUUGGAACCAUGGUGUUAUAUGGCCAUGAUGCUAAGCGUGGGCUUAAGUAUAAAGAGUACACCACCGGGUUGGAUUCGGGGUGUGUUUAUGGCGGGAAGCUGAGUGCAGAGGUUAUAUGGAGUGAAGCUCAAACCAAGGCAGAUGGUACGAGUAAAGUUGUUUAUCAGAGACAGUCAGUACAAGUUUCGUGUUAG